AUGGCUUCUCGGCCUGGAAUUCUCACGGACUGGCCAUGGCAACCUCUUGGAAGCUUUAAGCAUGUAAUAUUGGCUCCUUGGGUCAUCCACAACAUCUACUCCUACAUGGUUAAAGAUGAAAAGGAUCUAUCAAGCUUUCUCAUAUUCCCACUUCUGCUGUCGAGAUUUCUUCACAACCAGUUAUGGAUCAGUCUGUCUCGUUACCAAACAGCUAAAGGAAAUAGAAGGAUUGUUGACAAAGGCAUUGAAUUUGACCAAGUUGAUAGAGAAAGUAACUGGGAUGACCAAAUAUUGUUCAAUGGAAUUCUGUUCUACGUUGGUACCUGGGCAGUCCCAGGAGGUACCCAUCUACCCAUGUGGAGGACAGAUGGUGUAAUUUUAACAGCUCUUCUUCAUAUUGGUCCUGUAGAGUUCCUGUAUUAUUGGCUUCACCGACUUCUGCAUCACCACUAUCUCUACUCUCGUUAUCAUUCCCAUCACCAUUCUUCUAUCGUUACAGAGCCCAUUACUUCUGUGAUUCAUCCAUUCGCGGAGCACAUAUCAUACUUCACGCUGUUUGCAAUACCAUUAGCGACAACUAUCUUGACCGGGACGGCUUCUGUGCUAUCCUUUGCUGGUUACUACCUCAUGUACACCCCAUCGUUCCAUUCUCUUCACCACACUCAGUUCAGAACCAAUUACUCACUAUUCAUGCCUAUCUAUGAUUACAUCUAUGGAACCAUGGACAAGUCUACCGAUAUCGUCUAUGAAAAUUCACUCAAGAGGCCCGAGGAAUCCCCGGAUGUCGUGCAUCUAACCCAUCUUACCACACCAGAUUCCAUCUACCAUUUACGGCUAGGACUUGCCUACUUGGCUUCCACCCCUCAAAAGUCGAAGUGGUAUCUCUGGUUGAUGUGGCCUGUGACCUUGUGGACCAUGAUAUUAACUAGUAUUUAUGGACGUACGUUUGUAGUAGAGAGGAAUCGAUUUGACAAGCUCACGUUACAAACAUGGGCCAUAUCAAGAUACAAAAUCCAAUACAACUUGCAAUGGCAAAAGGCAUCAAUAAAUACCUUGAUUGAAGAAGCUCUACUUGAAGCCGAGGAAAAAGGUGUUAAAGUGUUGAGUCUCGGUCUCCUGAAUCAGGGAGAGGAGCUCAAUAGGUAUGGUGAACUUUACGUGCAAAGGCAUCCCAAGCUUAAAACAAAGGUGGUGGAUGGAAGCAGUCUAGCAACUGCUAUUGUGCUCAAUAGCAUUCCCAAAGGAACAACUCAAGUACUCCUUAGAGGCAAUCUCUCUAAGGUUGCUUUUGCUGUUGUUUUUCAUCUCUGCCAGAGGGGAAUCCAGGUAGCUGUUCCCUGUAAGAAUCAUUAUGAGAAGCUUAGAAAAUCCUUUGGCGUCAGAUCUGACCUGAAUAAUUUGAUUCUUUCAAAGAGUUAUUCAACAAAGACGUGGUUAGUUGGAGAUGGACUGAACGAAGGAGAGCAAAAGAAGGCAACAAAAGGAACCUUAUUUAUUCCCUUCUCCCAAUUUCCCCCAAAGAAAUGGCGCAAAGACUGCUUUUAUCACAGCACACCAGCAAUGACAGCCCCUGCAUCUCUCGAAAAUGUAGACUCUUGUGAGAAUUGGCUGCCAAGAAGAGUGAUGAGUGCAUGGCGUGUGGCUGGAAUAGUGCAUGCCUUAGAAGGAUGGAAUGAGCAUGAGUGCGGUUACACCAUGGCAGACAAUGACAAAGUUUGGCAAGCAAGCAUCCAACACGGCUUCAAACCUCUGGUCAUCACAACUCAGUCAAAAUUCUAA